AUGGCCAGCGUGGAGAUUGUUCAUGGAAUCGCGUCCGGUGAUGUCGAACGCCAGGAAUCGAAGUCUCGUGGGCCGUUGUUUGGCUUGGGCUGGCUCUCAAAGAGUAAUACCAAGCAGGGGAAGGGCAAAUCUCGACAGGUCCCUGCAGAGAGUCCGCUCGGUUUCACAGCCUAUCGAAAACCUCCGGUUUAUGUUGGCGGAAGCUCAGUGCUAGUGCAGGUAUGGGCCGUGGGGCUGGACGAUGUGGAUGCUCGUCUUAUGGGUGUACAUCCGCCGCCACCAAAGCAACCAUCUCCUGGGACUCCUCACAGAGCCGAGGAGAAAAGUGAUGGGAAACGGCCCGUUCCACUGGGUUAUAUUCCAGGACGAUCUUUCGUUGGGCGUGUCCUCGAAGUUGGAUGGGAUGUUGACGAACACACUAUCAAGAAGGGAGAGUGGGUCAUCGGUCUCAAUAGUGUGCAGAAGUGCGGUGCUUUGGCUGAAUUCAUUCUCGUUGACCGACAUCGCAUUCAUCGCGUGCCACAUCCUUACAUGCCCGAUCAGCCAUCUCUGGUUUUCGCUUCGUUGAGCGAGACUGCAGAGGAUGGUGAAGGGAGGCAGCGCAAUUCGCUCGUAUUUCCUUCUGCGAAUGAACCCAAGGGUUUCACAGUGGACGAGCUCGCUGUGCUCCCGCUUUCAGGCGUUCCUGCUUAUCGCGCUGUGCGCACAUUGACACACAUCAUGCGCGCAUUCGUAAAGCCUGACGUAGCUGCACGGCGGCCGCGCGAAAACGGGGGUAGUCGCGAAGUUACCAGCGACACUCACAAAGAUGAUGUUGACAUCGUGCGUUCCAUUAAACAUGGUUCAGCAGAAAAGCGGCUCGACACGACGCGUCCUCGCAUAUUAAUUUUACGUGGACACGACGGAUCCGGGGCGCUAGCCCUCCAAAUGCUUGUUCGCGCUGGAUGGUCCGUUUGGGUUCAUGUACCUGUGCCAUUCGACCUUCCAGGUCUUCCUGACAAAUUCGAAGAGGAUCUUCGAGACGAAGAGAAGAAGCGUACGUUGGCAAAACGACGAGUUGUACUAGAACAGAUUGAAAAACGACUUCGUGCGUGGGGCGCAGACGAAAGUGAAAAAGCCUCAGCGACGGCACUUUUCACCUACUUGGCGCGCACGCACGUUCAUUUUGAUGCAGUCAUCGAUACAAUUGGAGGUUGUGAGAUUUGGGAGGCCGGGCGGGUAUUACUCAGCCUUCCAGUUCACGAUACCGCUCGAGCCAGCAUCGAAGGCCAGUUUACUACGCUAGUAGGCGACGCACCCGACCGUGUAGUGUCUACCGCAAGCGAUCAUUUCCGUGCAGGCGUGCGAGCGCUCCGGAUCGGAAACCCCACAGGCACCUCGAAAGUCCACGAUGACGCCGAGUUCUCUCGGGUAACCGCCAGGCAUGCCAGGGGCAAGAAGGACAGAAAGAUGAAGCCUCGACCGGUGAACUACGCGUGGGUGAACGUCAUGUCGGACGUGGAUUGGGAGGGUGCGGAUGUACGGGACUCGUUGGGCGCAGCCCUGGCGAUGGCAGUUGGGGAAGGCGUGCGGCCUGCCGUUGGCCUUGUUGACUUUCCGGACAUGUGGAACAAGGGCAAAGGGAAAAUGAAAGCCGUGGGUAGCGGUGGUGACGGGGAGAUGCUGGAGAAAGUCGUCCCGUUCGAGAAUACGCCUCAAGUUUUCAUCCCUGGAGGUGGGUUGGAACAUGGAGGAACGGUGGUUUCCAGAAUAGCUGUGUAA